GUGUUACAAAGGGGAUAAAUAUAGUAACACAAUUUAUAGCUAUAUAUUGACAGUCGAGGAUUUCAUGGACUCUGGAGAUAAAAUUUAGUUGAUGCAUACAGUUUUUAACCAUCCAUUUGUUCAGAGUUGAAUAAUGGUAUCGUUUCAGUUCCCAAAACAACAGUUCGAUUAUUUUCUAGUGUUAGAUUUUGAGGCAAAUGGUGAUCACAAAAUCAUAAAGCCGAUGGAAAUAAUUGAAUUUCCAAUCGUCAAAGUUAAUGCUAAAACGUUUGAAAUCGAAUCAGUAUUCCAGCAAUAUGUUGAACCAGAAGUCAAUGAGAUUUGUGAAUACUGUACUAAGGUGACAGGUAUCUCUCAAGAUAUGGUGAGGGGAAAACCACACUUAAGAAAAACUUUACAACUUGUUGACGAGUGGAUGAAUAAAGAAGGGUUGUUAAAAGAUGGUGUUAAAUUUAUAUUUGUAACUUGUGGUGACUGGGAUUUAAAAACACAAUUACCAAGAGAAACAGCCUGGUUUAAUAUUCUACUACCACAAUAUUAUAAUCAAUGGAUAAAUAUUAAAACGCCAUUUCGUGAAGUAACAGGAAUAAGACCUCAUGGUAUGAAGUCAAUGUUACACAAUUUACAUUUAACAUUAGAUGGAAGACAUCAUAGUGGUUUAGAUGAUAGUAAAAAUAUCUCAAAAAUUUUAACAAGAUUAGCAGAAAAAGGUUUUGUGUACAAAGUAACAGGCUGGCAUGAUUGAUAAAAAACAAUGCUCACUUCUUUUAUCACAGGGAACUAUAGAAAGUACCAAAAUAAAUUUUUUACAAUUAUUGUUUUUAAUGAAAGUGAGGACAGAGCUAAGGAUAUUCUGUGUCAAUGACAUGUGAUUGUUGUGUUUUCAAACAGAUAUGUUCCAAUCAAAAGGCCUCAAUACCAGACUUAGACUCUUUGUAACAUUGAAAAUUAAAUAGCUUGCUGCUCAG